UUUAAACAAGAGGAGCAUGCAGGUUUUGUGUGGUUGUAAGCAAGUGAAUCUGGUAUGACUGUAAUUCUUAUAUGAUCUCCUGGAGCAGUGUGGAAUAAACUGAGCACCUGAGUUUCCUUUCAGCACAUGCAGAGACUGUUCUGCAACAGGAUUUAUUAUGAAAGAAACUUUUUUCUUCACUAGGUGGAUUUUUGUACUUUGGAAACAAGAAGUAAAGCAAGUUCCUGGAUUAUUGUGAACUAGGAACCUUUACUGGGAUUCUUUUUAGGAAACUUGCAACACCUGCAGCUCUACAGUUUACAGAAAAAGAUUAAGUCUGCAAAGAAAAAGGGACUGGAAACUCCAGUUCAUAUCCAGAGUUCUUGGACUGCAGGCAGUCUUCUUUAUUUCAAUAAAAAGAAUUUGCCCAGAAAGGAAAAGAUCAUAACGAGUGAAACAAUAUUAACGGAUUGAUUUUUUUGUUGGAGAAUCUGGUUUAUGAUAUGAGUUGGUGCCUCUGGAUUGUUUGCUUCAGUUUGAUAUUCAUUAGGAAGACGACUGUGUCAUCACAAGGAGUGGUGCAGAAGCGUGAAGUCCUAGCAGCUGCAGUUGGCCAAGUUGGGGGCAGUGCAGUUUUGGGUUGUGAACUACUUGAACAAGAAGUGGGACGUCCACCCUUGUAUGUAAUCGAGUGGGUACGAUUUGGCUUCCUUCUUCCCAUUUUCAUCAAGUUUGGAUUUUAUGCCCCACGGGUGGAUCCUCAGUAUGUUGGACGAGUCCGAAUUCAGCAGGGAGCCUCACUCUACAUAGACCAGCUGCGGCCUGAAGAUCAGGGUUGGUACGAAUGUAGAGUCCUUUUCUUGGACCGUCAGGAUGACUUCCAAAAUGGUACCUGGAUCCAUCUUACUGUUAACUCCCCUCCUACUUUUCGCAGAACCCCUCCCCCAUUUGUAGAAGCACUAGAGGGAGACCAACUGUUAUUGAGCUGCUCUGCAUAUGGGAACCCUCAGCCUCAAAUUAGCUGGAGGAAAAAUAAUGUUGUUCUCGUGGAUGGAGAUACCCUCCAGGUGGCCAAUGGUACAUUAACAAUCUUUGUAGUGAAUCGCACAAGUGCAGGGGCGUACACUUGCCAUGCCACCAGUGCAGAAGGAGAAAUCACCCAGACAGUUCGACUGCUAGUACAAGGUCCUCCUGUUAUAAUUGUUCCCCCAGAAAACAUAACAGUGAAUGUGUCUCAAGAUGCCUUCCUUGCCUGUCAGGCAGAGGCUUAUCCAGUUAACUUGACCUACAGCUGGUUUCAGGAAGGCACCAAUGUCUAUCACCUCAGUCAUCUGCAGUCAAGAGUACAUAUCUUGGUAGAUGGAAGUUUGCUUGUCCAGCGUACCACACCAGAGGAUGCUGGGAAGUACACCUGUAUCCCUAGUAAUGGAGUCCGGGUUCCGCCAUCAGCAUCAGCCUACAUCACUGUUCUCUACCCUGCCUAUGUGAGUCAUAUGCCAUCAUUAACCUAUCUGCCUAUAGGAAUGCAGGGAUUUAUCAGGUGUUACUCCAAGGCAAACCCACCACUAUUAUUAGUCAACUGGACCAAAGAUGGUUUCCCUCUUAAUUUACAUAAGUUCCCAGGCUGGUACUUGGAUGAGGAUGGAGCAGUUGUCAUUGCAAAUUGCAAUGAUGAUGUUGUUGGCAUUUACAGUUGUAUUCCAUAUAAUCGCUAUGGCACCAUGGGAGAAUCUGCUCCAACUCAGGUCAUCUUAAAGGAUCCUCCAGUGUUUGAAAUUGGUCCAAAACCUGAAUACUUUCAGGAGGUUGGCAGAGAAUUAAUUAUUCCCUGCUCAGCUACUGGGGACCCUUUGCCAACUACAUCCUGGCAAAAGUUUGGGAAGGAUACAAAAAGUGCGUAUAAAGUCAGUAGUAAUGGCAGCCUUAUUCUGAAUCCCCUAUCUAAAGAGGACCAUGGGCCAUGGGAGUGCACUGCUUCUAACAAUGUUGCCAACAUCUCUGCUGUUACCACCAUCUUUGUGCUUGGUACUAGUCCUCAUGCAGCCUUGAACAUCUCUGUCCUAGCACUGAUGAAUGGUGCCAAUGUGUCCUGGGAGCCUGGAUUCGAUGGAGGCUAUGUCCAAAGAUUCAGCGUCUGGUAUGCUCCUUUGAUUAGACGUUUGAAUCGUGGACAACAUGAAUGGAUGUCCUUCCCUACACCUAUUGGAGUCACACAUGCCCUCUUAGAAAACCUGCGCCCAUCCACAGGCUACCAGUUCAGUGUCCUCUCACAAAACAAGUUGGGUAGUGGACCUUUCAGUGAAAUUGUCACAGCCUACACUUUAUCUGUCCCUGAGACAACAACACAAACUAAAGUUGUCACAGAACCCUUGGUACUCUCCAGUAGACCUCGCCACCUUUGGGCCAAUGAGACAAAGCAGGGAGUCAUUCUGUACUGGACUCCACCUCUUCAGCAAUUCUUGCCAUUUGUUAACUAUGUUCUUGAAUGUCGUCGAGGGAAUGGGGAGUGGGAAGUGUUGGAUAAUUCUGUUCCUGGGCACCUGAACCAGUUACAAGUCCAAGGGCUUAUAAAGGAUUCUUCCUAUGAGUUCAGGCUGAAGGCAGCUGGGGAAAAUUUCAUCAGUGAACCGAGUAAUGUAGUGAAUGUUUCCACUGCAGGAAUAGUUGUGUAUCCUUCUCGAACACAAGUGGAUGAGGUCCUUCCUCAGCCUGUCCUGGCUGGCAUUAUAGCUGGAAUCUGCUUCCUGAGCACUGCUAUCAUUUUCAGCACCCUCCUGGCUUGCAUCAUGAGCAGACGUCGUACCAGAAGGCAGCAGAAGCAAAGGCAAGAUCCAUCAGUUGCCUUCUCUCACAAGAAGAUUCCACCUCAACAAAAUACUAAAGGUUCUGAUAGCCCUGACAGUGUGAUGAAAGUUACACUCCAUUCAGCUACAUAUGAUAGCUUUAAAAAUACAAUGAACUGGGAUGAAAAAGACAUAAGCCAGCAGAGUUUGGAAAUGGCUAAUCGGAAUACCACAGAGUCAAAGUAUACAUGUUAUGAGAGCCACAUUGGUGCAUUUGCACCCUUGGAGCAUAUUAGCCGUGGUCCUGAUGGAAAAUUUGUUGUCCAUGAAGAGACUGAGGAGAUGCAAAAAGGUAAAGGAAUAUUUUGUGGUUUUUCAUAUGCCAAGGAAGGUGGAUAUUGUCCAGAAUUCCACAAGCAGCAAGAUGAAAAUAUGUAUUCUAAGGCAGAUCCCUCUAUGCUGAGUUAUGAAAAUGGCCAGGAUUCUUACCUACAAGUAUCUUCUGUUUCUGAAAAGGGCAAUGAAACUUGGCAAAAGCAAGUGGUUUUUAGGUCAAAGGUGGGAUACCAAGCCAGGAAAGAGGCAAGAUCAUCUGGCUACCGUCAAGGUAAGUACUUUGGUUAUGGAAGCAGUAGCCCAAUGGAAGAGGCCAAGCCACUCUGCAUCAAAAACAUAAGUCCUGUCACAUCAGUAACAACCCUUCCUUAUGCCAGUGGGAAAGAACUACCUCGACAGGUGGCAACCAUCGAAGAAGAUUUUACAGAGUCUUUAUCAUCUCUUAAGGAGUCCCAUCAGAAGGUCCCUUCAUGUCAUAAUACCAGAGUUCCAUCACCAUCUUCAUUAUACAAGAGAUCGCUAAUGUCACAGUGUCCCUCACAGUCACAAACACUGCAGCCAUCUAGGAGUUCAGAUGCACAAAGCACCAUUCUUCAGUACCUAAGCUUACCCUAUUUCAAGGAAAUGAAUGUUGAUGGUGAUUCUUUAGAAGAGGAGGGGUCUCCACAGACCACCUCGAGUUCAGACAUUGUAGAUGAUGUGGAUGCCCAAUAUUCUGUUAAAGAACAGGCUGCUCAACAAUCCAAAUCUCCAGAACUACAGACAUUUGAAAGCUCAAAAAGCAUGUUAGUCAUGGACUCCAGUUGCUUGGAGCCAAGCAGUGUAAAACACUCUGGUGGGGCUCCGCUAUGUCAUGGAAUGUCCUGCCCAGAUCACAUGGAGCAAAAAGCCAUAUAUGAGUCAUCUCAGGAAAAAACUCAGAGUGUAUCACUCUUAAAACCUCCAGAGCACCAUGUUGGACCCUUAAGGGCAGCCUUACCUCGUAGCCUUUACUGGCCUGGACACAGAACUGGAAGCUCUUUUCAGACUUUGCUAAAAGAGAAAAACAAUGAAAAGUCUAACUUUUCAACAUCACAGCCUCCUGCAGAUGUACAGACUGACCCUUCACUGGGAGAACAUUCAAAGGAAAAAGCAUCUCAUGAUCUUUUUGAACAUCAGACCUAUGAGAGAUAUAAACAUUUGUUUAGUGACAAAAUACAAGGACAUAGUAUUUUACGUGGUUCUCCAUCAGAAACAUUCUUGAGGGCCAGUAUUACAAGUCAGAGCAGUGGUAGAGGAAGUGUUUCCUUUGUAAGGCCUCCUUCUCUUGCACAGUCCUCUGGGAGCUAUAUGAGCUCACCAAUAGGAGACAGCUGCAGCUCGCAGAGUGGAGCUGGAUCGCGAACCUCUACAGGAGAUGACAGCAAGCUGAGAACUGAUACUUCAGUUUCUGUUGCAAGUAGCAGGAGAGACACCUCGGUAGAUGAGAAUUAUGAGUUUGAUACAGAAUUCACAGUCGAGACUGAAAUUUUGGAUGCCUUGAAACUGUAUAGGAAUGGAAAUCCACGGAGACCAGUGUCCACAAUUGCAAUCCAAGAACUGGAGAAACAAGGUUUGAUAACUCCUCAGACUGCUUAUAGAAAAGCCUGUCAUGUGGGAUCAGUGGACACAUUAAACUUUGGCCUUCAUCACUCCAUCUCUCCUCCAAUGUCAGCCGAAGCACGUUGCGCUGCUCUAAAAGAAGAAUUCCAGGACUACUUACGACAUCGGACGCGACUCCAGCAUAGCACAUUGGAAGAAAAUGACUGUGAUGAGCAAUUGGAGCAGGCCACUCUGUUUUGAUUGACCAGUGAAUGAACUUAUUAUAUCUUUGUGUUACCACGGUCAUCAAGGAAACAGGUGACCCAUAUUUUGGAAGCUAAAGACAUGAUAUGUGUGAGUAAAAUACUGGUGAGACUGCAUUUCUGUUUGAAAACCAAGGGCAUUAUUCUGGAGUGUUCUGAGUCUGUCUUCUAUUAGUUAUUUAAUGAAGUGGGGAUAGUUAAGCUACCUUCUAAUUUGUCAAGAGCUUUCCUCAACUGCAUCAUUAGGAAAUUAACUCCAGUGUACCAGACAAUGUCAUGUUGACUAGAUAUCACUAGACUGAUUUGAAGUUUGCAUAACAGUAUAUGGCUUAUGAUUAUGAAGCUUGUUGAAUGUGUGGGUGUUUGUUAUGCAGUUCCAAUACCAUGACAUUCAGAACAGUGAUGUAAAGCUCUCAGGGAUUUACAGUAGAUCAGAUGAUAACUAAACAUGUACUAAAACAUGAAUAUAAAAGCUGGGAACCUACCCCUGUAACCUUAUUUACUGUACUAAAAUAAAUGUUUUCAAGGUUGAAGCCAGCAUUAUAUAUUUGCCCAAAUUUAAACAUUUCCAUCACUAUAUGCUUGCAUUGAUUAUUUUCAAGAAUGAAGCUGAAAAUGGAAUAAAGCUUUCUCCAGUAACCUGCAGAAACACCACAGGAUGCUCUCAGAUAUAUCACCUACAUGUUUCCUGAUUGCAUUAGUAAUACUGGAGCCCCAUUCAGUUGUAUAAAAUAUCCAACCACUUAAUGAAAUUAAUAGAAAUGUGAAUUAUUUCUAGCUAUGUGGUUUCCUUUACUUGUAGAUGUUUGUUUUUAGAUUAAGAAUGAGUUACAUAUUCUGCCCACUAGCUGUACAUUUCAUUGCAAAGAAGCUGUGUGUGCAACUCAUCCCAGCAGCAGAUGCAAAUCAGCAUGUUUUGAGGGCACUUUUUCAAUCUGGUAUUUGUGACAACUGCUUAAGGAAAAUAGGUAUAUUUAUGAUGUCACUUUUGCCAGUACGUCACAUUAGCUUUCUGUACUGAUUUACACAGCGGCUAUCCUUUGAUACUUUCCUGCUAAAAGGAAGCACCAUUGUACAAAAUGUGUUCCUGUAUCAACAAACCCCAAAUCACUCAAUAAUGAUAAUUUUUCACUGGCAGAUUUUGGUUAAAGUAGCUUUUAAAAUAAACCCAUCAGUUUAUAGUUUGCUUUCAUUUUGCGAAAUGGUGACACUUCAAGGUAAUCAAAACUGUCAGCUGGAAGAUCAUAUGGUCUUGUGACUGCAUUACCUACCAAAGCCAAACCUACAAAAAUAAAACUGAGAAAUUUGUAAUGUACUACAAAAGCCUGCACAUUGUAAACAUUUUGGUUCUUUUUAGUAGAUAAACCUUGCAUUUCCAGACUCUCCUUGUCACUGUCAGUCAUGCUGUUUAUCCUCAUAUGUGGGAUUACCCAACCCAGAUGAAUUUAUCUUUUAUAUAACAAGUCCAAAGUCUAAGUUUCAGUUUCUGCUAACUGCAUCUUUUCAGUUUUUAUUUAUUUAUUUAUUGAGGUUCAUAUGCUGUUGACUAGGAUUAUUGACUCACUUUUUAGUCAUCUGCUCAUCUUUAGUUUAAACUUCUAACUAGCACCCAAGCAGAUUUCUUUGCAUAGUAAAUGACUUCACUGAAUCCACCUGCGCUGGUAUUUUAUUAAGUGGUAGCUAACCAGACCUCAUGAAAGUGAGCACACCACUAGCCCCAUUAAAAAAGUCUGAAUCAAGCAAUAAUGUUGUCCAUAGCAGACCACUGUUUUAGGGGCUUUGCCCCUAUUAUUUUAGGCUUUGUCCAGAUUUCUUGGCUUAAGAGGUUAAAAAGUUUUCAGAGUUAAUAUACAUGGUCCAGACUUUGAGAAGGCAUUAUAGCACUUAAAGCGAAGAACACAUUAAAUCAGUUUUACACACGCACGCACACACACACACACACACACACACACACACACACACACACACACACACACACACACACACAGUCAGCAGAUAUGGAUCUGUGACCUAUGUAGUGCACUUGUGCCUUAUGCCUAAUGCAUUUUCAGCACUUGCCACGUCUACAGUAUGAGAAGUCUGAGAUAAAUAUGCAGUCGAGGAAGGCACCUUUUAGCUUGUUGACCUAGAGAUUUCUCGUACAACUUUUGUUCAAUGUAAGGCAUUAUAUGUGGAAUGUCUAACUGUACACAGCAAUACACUCUCAGUUUAAAUCUCAGUUAAUAUUCUUUUUGAAGGCGUAACAUCAGUAUAUUUUUUCCAUUUAUCUGCUUUGCAUUUGUUAGAACAAUAACAGGUCAUUACCUCUAAAGCUGUUUAUUGUGAAUUAGACUUACCAUCGGUUUAUAUAACAGUCCUGCUUUUGCCACUUGUUUCCCAUGGAAAACAUUUGAAACAUAGCAAGUAUCCUGAUUUUUUAUUACAGAACAAAUAAAUAAAUAACAGUCUAAUCACUGGUAUUUUCCUCCACAGCCACAAGGUGUCAGUGCUUUUCAAGAUUUGAGCCGUCUUACACUUUUUUUUUUUUUUUUUUUUUAAAUGUUUGCUGAAGUUUCUUAACAUAAGAAUUAUAUCUUCUCUUGUUUGUGUUUUUGAUAUCCAAGCAAAUGGUUAUUGGAUCACUGUUUCAUUACCUGGGGCACUAUUCCAAAUGUCACCUUCCAGAAGUACUUUAGUAUUGUCUCAUUGUUCUGCUACCCUUGCAGUUCAGCAUGUGGAAGUCUGCUGAGGUAUUUUGUUGACAUAUUGUAGGACCCAGACUUCUCAGAAUUUUACUAUAGAUCUUUCCUCUAGCAUUUCUGCCACAGAUAUUUUUUAGACCAAAGAAGCAUACCUUGUUUGGAUACUGACAUACAGAGCAAAUUAGAAUGUCAAAAUAUUAUUUUUCUUUGUUAUUUGCAUUUGUGUCUCACUCUCAUACCUGAAGUGUAUGUAAUUUACUUCAGUCAUUUUCUUUACUGACAUUGCAGUUUCACCAGUUUUUUGAGUCAGUGUAGUACUAAAUCAGUUGUAAAUGCAGACACUUCCUAUUUUGAUGGGCAAAAAUCUUUACACAUCUGCAUCCUUGGAUAAAUGGAUGCAAAUAUGCAUUACUACUAUUCAGAACUGGGAUUAUUUCCAAUAAUUCAUUCUGAUCUGUAGUAUGUGUAAUUGUAUAUGUUAUGUGCCAGCCAGAAGGCAGAGUCUUAACAGAGUCUGUCUAGAACACAAUGAAGGCCAUCUGACCUGUUUCAGUGGUGUGAUAUAAAAAUGUUAAAUGUUUGAGUGCGCUGUGAAGUGAAGGAUGAAAUGCUUAAGUUACUUAAAAAAAUUAAAUGUACCAGGAAAUAAAAAAAUACUAUUUUGUUGAAAAGAUUUGCAAAUGUUUUGAUAUUUGUACAGAAAUUGUGUCAUAAAUAAAAAUAC